CUCCCCUCACCACCUCCGCUUCCACUACCUUCACUCACUCCGCCCAUUUCCCCACUCCUCCUCGCCCGCAUCCGGAACCCUAGCUAAGCUUCGAUGGCGAUGGCGGCGGCCUGGUCCCCGGCGCUCGCGGCGGUUUUGCUGGCGGCGGCCGUGGCGUCGGCGUCCAACUCGGAGGGGGACGCGCUGUACGCGCUGCGGCGCGCGCUGGCGGACCCCCGGGGCGUGCUCCAGAGCUGGGACCCGACCCUCGUCAACCCCUGCACCUGGUUCCACGUCACCUGCGACCGCGCCGGCCGCGUCACCCGCCUAGACUUGGGUAACUCAAAUUUGUCAGGCCAUCUUGCUCCUGAACUGGGACACCUUGAGCAUCUCCAAUAUCUAGAGCUGUACAAAAACAAUAUUCAGGGCACUAUCCCAGCUGAGCUCGGGAGUCUGAAGAACCUUAUUAGCUUGGAUCUGUAUAACAACAACAUUACUGGAACCAUACCGAAAGAACUUGGCAAGCUGAGUUCCUUAGUAUUCUUGCGGCUUAAUGACAACAGUUUAAACGGUCCAAUCCCGAGGGAUCUGGCAAAAAUAUCUAGUCUCAAAGUGAUAGAUGUCUCGAACAAUGAUCUUUGCGGCACGAUUCCUACUAGCGGGCCUUUUGAGCAUAUACCCCUGAACAACUUUGACAAAAAUCCAAGGUUGGAGGGGCCCGAGUUGCAAGGGCUUGCAACAUAUGACACAAACUGCUGAACGUGCCAAUCAGUCCCUGUCGCUCGUGUGAUAUAGAUCAAUAGCAAAUUAGCUUUAUCGGAGUACCUGGUAAAUGUGCAAGCUUGGUUGCUUUGCUUGUACGAGAUACUGCAAGUAAAGACUAGGCUGCAGCUCAACCCUUGUAGUGUAGAUAAUAUUUAUCGCAAGCCUGAGGCCCUCUUGACUGAUAAUACCUGGUAAUGUAUGGUUGCUUUGAUGAACUAAGUCUUGAUAUUUAUUGCCAGUUUUGAUUUAGUUGCCCUAUUAUAAGGGACUGGUUCAAAAGUUCUCUUUACUUUUGCAUUGUUGACUGUUGAGAUGCCAUGUUGUUAUGGUCCAAAAUGAUAUGCCGAAAUAUGUUUUUAAAAUAAAUAAUAAGCAGCGCUGGUACUACUGAUUA